GUUAUUUUUAUUACACAAUAUAGUUUAUUUUUUCUAAUAAAAGUCGGACUUUUAUUAUAGUUAUAGUAACUAUUGACUUUAUACCUACCUAACUUUUAGUUUUUAUGUUUAGUUUUAGUUGACUAUAAUAACAUUUAUCUUCACAUGGCUUGUGUUAUCCUACCAACAGUCUAAACCCCAAAAAUAUUAACUUUACAAUGAUUUAAAACAGGGAAAAGCUGCAAAUUUGAAAUGAAAGCCAUCAUUAUCUCAGCAUGGUCACAUCAGGACAAAUGCUGGCAGCCGCUUACGUGGCUGGCUGAGGCGUUUGUUGUCCUUGAUACGGUGUCGGAAAUAUGAAAGUACAAGCUCAGUUUAACAACUUAAACAAAUAAACACGAGUUUGAUGAUUGUAUUUUUAAACCAUUGUGUAGCUUGAUAUAGCUUUAUAAAUAUAAUAUAGCAAUCCAUCAAUUUUGGAGCUAUGGUUGAUAAAGUUUUUAACUAGGGUUUUCUGUUAGUUUUUGAACGUACGAGCUUUAGAGGAGCACUUGAAGGCAGCAUUUUUCUAAGGAGCAGAGCCUGGCUAAAGGAAAGUUUAACGGUAAAACUAGCCGCUAAUUUCACUUUUAACGUUACUUUAGCAUCGCGCAUUAUGCAUUUAUCAGCAAAAGAAGUGUUUUAUGUAGCGCUGCAACGUAAUAAAUAGCUUGCCAGACUUUAAAAAACUAUUUCUGUUGAAUUCCUUCAAAGUAAAAGUUAGCUAAAAUGCCCGCUGAGCUGAAACAGAGGAAAAAGUCACAGAAACAAAGCGACGAAGUGACUGAAACUUCGGCUGCUAACGGCAAAGAUGAAGCCCAAAAAGUGAAGACGGAAGCUGGAAACAACUCAGGAGCAAAUAAAACGUCUUCGGAUUUGGAUAUUAGGAGUAUAAUGUGCUUAUUGUCGCUUGUAGCCUGCGGGGCUCUGAGUUGGGUUGUUCUGCAACAGAAUGAGAGGUUUUCUGAAAUUGAAGAAAAGUACAAAUCUUUACACGGAAAGACUUCAAGUAUGUUUGCCAUGGAGGAAGAAGUCUUGAAGGUUUCCAAAAAGCUUGCUGCCUCUGAGGAAGACCUACGGGAGGCGCUCUCCACCGUCUCCUUGGCAACGAGACUCCAGGAAGACAUCACCAACCUCCAUGCCGCUGUGAUGGAGAUGCAGGAUGACGAGAACUCUGCCUCCCGUGACCUGCAGACAGUCAACGCUCACUUCCUCAACGUGACGGAGAUGUGGCAGGAGCGACUGGCCGCCAUCAACUCCGACUUGUCCACCCUGAAGGCCGAGUCACGGGAAGCUCAUGCCACAGCCACAGAACGGGUCAACGAGGCCGAGCGGAAGGCUCGGUCGCUGGCGGAGAAGCUGGAGGAGCUGGAGGACAGCACAAAGAGGAACGCCAGAGCUAUGGAGCGCACAGAGGAAGACGACGCCAAGCGGGCGCGGGAUCAUCUGGACUGGAACACCAAGCAGGUCCAAAACCUGGAGCAGCAGAUCAGCAGCUUGAGCAAAAGGGAGGCGGAGCUCAGCUCUCUGCUCCAGGAGCACAUUCCCCGGGCGCAGGAGUGUGAGGAGCACCUGCCCCAGGUGGAGGAGGCGGUGCGCUCCAUCCUGAAGCUGGCGAGUGAUCUGAGCGGGGCGGAGAAACGGCUGGAGGAGGUGACGUUACAGGUUUUUGGGACUGAGGACAGCAUGCUGAAAGCACUCAAUGAAAUCCUUGAGAUCAGACAGGAGCUGGACACGCUGCAGGCUCAAAACAGCAUCCUGAAGAUGAAGAGCGAGUUAUCCGUGGUCAAAGAGGCGGUCCGUGAACUCACCAUGGUGCUGAGGGAAAACAGAGUCGACAACGAGAAGGACUCAGACACUCUGGAGGACGAAGGAUGGAAAUACGAAGAGGAUGAGGAGUGGGAAAAAGACAACACGGAUGAGACAGCUCAAACGCCACAUGAUGUCCUCACUGAAUGAUGUCAUUGUUUUGAGUCAGCGAGGGAAAAGGAGCGGCCCAGUCUUAUUAUUUGCUGUAAAAAGUUCAGUGUGAAUGUUUUUCAAAAUGUGUGCCUCAGUUUCAAGUCAGAAAAUUGGUGAUUGUCACUGCAUGAAAGUUCCCUGAAUUCAGCUCUAGUACACAUGCACAAGUACAAUCAAAAAUAUUUAUUUUAAUAUUUGUUCACAGAUUUGUUGUUGGCUUUUUUUUAGUAAUUGUGUACAACAUUUCCCAUUACUCUUAAUAGUGAUACAAUAUUAGUACUAGUCUUUCCAAAUGUUUUUUUUAACCUUUAUUUUAGGAUUUUCAGCCAAGAACAAAUGGUUGAUACAGACUCCUCCCACACACACAUUUAUUUUAUUUAUUUUUUAGACUAAAUCUGUUAACUGAUAAAUCAAGAAAUAUAGUCGAUAAUGAAAAUAAUCAUUAGUUACAACUCUUAAUCUGAUCUCCGUCAGUUACUGUAUAUUUGGUACAGAAAUAGCUUUUAUACAUGUGUAAUAAAUCCUUAUGUUUUUAAUGACAAUAACAUUUCCAUCACAUUUUGGUUUCACAACAUGGCCAUCAUUUCAUCACUGAAUGUAUUAGAUAUUAUCACCUUUUUGUAUUAAAAAUGUCUAAUUGUUAAAAAUUGUCUUUGUCCUCCUCUUUAAUUCUCCUGUGUACUGCAGCAACAGUUUGUCUUUUUUGUUUUCUUAAAGGAAAAUACUCUGUAACUGUAUCUUAAUUAUUUCUUUUUUCA